AUGGGCCGGCCCGCGGGACGCCCCGAGCGCCUGUGCCGAGGGCUGCUGGCGCUGCUGCUGGCGCUGGGCCGCCUGGCGCCGCCGUUGCUGGCCAAGAGCCUGGAGCCGGUCUCCUGGAGCGCCGCCAACGCCAAAUUCAUGUCCGGCACAGGGCUGGUGAUUUACCCAGAAAUUGGGGACAAGCUGGACAUCAUCUGUCCGAAGGCAGAGCCAUCCAAACCGUAUGAAUAUUACAAACUGUACCUUGUGAAACGGGACCAAGCCGAGUUCUGCAGCACCAUCAUGGACCCAAAUGUGUUGGUGACCUGCAACAGGCCUGAGCUGGAAAUCCGUUUUACCAUCAAAUUUCAGGAGUUCAGCCCCAACUAUAUGGGCUUGGAAUUCAAAAGACACCAGGAUUACUUUAUCACAUCCACAUCCAAUGGGUCCCUUGAGGGCUUGGAGAACCGAGAAGGCGGGGUGUGCCAAACACACUCCAUGAAGAUCAUCAUGAAAGUGGGACAAGAUCCCAAUGCGGUGAUGCCAGAGCAGCUGACCACAAGCCGGCCCAGCAAGGAUUCAGGCAGUGCGGGGAACAUCGCCACACAAAGCCCCCAUCACAGAUUCCCCUCCGUGGUGGAGGUCCCAGGGAAGCCAGACCCUGUUAACCAAGAUGGCCAGGAUACCCAAAGACCAACUGAUGGAUUCUUCAGCUCCAAGGUGGCCGUGUUUGCUGCGAUCGGGGCUGGCUGCGUCAUUUUCAUCCUCAUCCUCAUCUUCCUCAUUGUCCUGCUCAUCAAGAUCCGAAAACGGCAUCGGAAGCACACGCAGCAGCGGGCGGCGGCCCUGUCGCUCAGCACCCUGGCCAGCCCCAAGAGCAGCGGCAAUGCCGGCUCCGAGCCCAGCGACAUCAUCAUCCCUUUGCGGACUACAGAGAACAACUACUGCCCUCAUUAUGAGAAAGUCAGCGGAGACUACGGGCACCCAGUCUACAUAGUCCAGGAGAUGCCCCCCCAAAGCCCAGCUAACAUUUAUUACAAGGUCUGAGGACAAACCUUGCCACCCCCACCGCAAAAGCCCUUCAGGUGCCAGGCGAGAGGAGGAGGAGGAGGAGGAGGGUCUGCUUGCCCCCUCAAGCACUCCCCUCCCUUGAUUAGCAUUUAGCCUUGUAAGUUUGGAGCUUUUCAGACCCAGGAUUUGAGGGUGUGGGGUGUCCUCUUGCUGCCCCCUCCACUCCCAGCGCGCUUUGUGGCCCUCACUUGGGCUCUGUGCCUUUCUCGCUCUUGAACCUACCCGGGAAGCCCCACAAUGGUCGCCGCCGCGCUUUGGGGGUAGAUUUUCCAGCUCCUCGUCAUCAUUUCAUUUGGGGGGAGGGGUCAUUGUUGGGAGGGAAGCCACACCAAGCCUGGCACUCCAAAGGAGCGGGGUCAUGCCAGUCCCUGCGGGGCAGAGCUUUGGGCGUGCUGAGAAAGGAGUCUGCCUAACCCCAUCUUUUAUAUAUAUAUAUAUAUUAUAAUUCUAAAGUAUUUUUUGUAACUUUUUAAAAAAUUGCGAAAGAUUGGACUUGUGAUCUGCCUCCUGCAGUUUCCCAGCACAAGCUCAUCUGCAGUCCUUCCCCCCCCUCCCCCUUCCCGCGUCUCGGGCCUCAUCCACUCAUCCCACUGGACAGUCUUGUGCUCUGUGUCUGCUGCGAGAAAUGUGGACCUUUCUUCAUUUUGGUUCUUUUUGCUAAUUUAUGAAACAAAAAACACAAACCUGCAAAGUUUGCAAUGGUCAGAGAACCUAGUUCUGGAAACCAACCAGAAGUGGGUGUCAAGGGGUGGGCUGCUGUUUGUGCCCACCAGAGCAGCUGCCCUCCCAGGCCGUGGCGCAGAUGCGCGAGGGGACUGUGAUGCCCAGGGCAGGGGUCUCCCUGAAUUCCCGAUUCCGUGACCCAGAAGAGGGGAAUGAAGGGAAAGCAUCCAUAGUCCCUUCCAGAAAGCCCGUGAAAGGAAGCUCAGCUUUUGGCUAUUUGGGGGUUCAGGAGGAGGAGGAGCAACAGACCCCCCCUCCCCCUUGCUUGGAUCUGGUCUCUUGUGCCCAAUUGCAGAAUGUGGUAAUCAAAAACCCCUUCCCCCACCCCAAUUUCUUUUAUCCAGCCACCCAUCCCAGAGCUCUUCAUUGGUUCGCUUCCUGCCAGUCAUAUUAAUUCUAAUGGUGAUUCCUGUGGCCUGCAAGGGCCCUUCAUGGGAAAGAAAGCCCCUCUGGGCUCAGCUCUCCCUGUGGGUUGCGGAUGUCAGGGGGCAAGUGCCAGCCAAAGCCUCCAGGGAAGGGAAGAGUCCCCCCCAUCUGCCCUGAAGAGGGAGUCUCCCCCUCCCUUGGGGGUCGGAAUGAAGCAGGGGGGGCAUUCCCCCUCACACCUGCUUGGCUGCAGCAUCCCGGGCUCCACACCCUUCCAUGUCCACCUUGCACCUGUCAUGCCAGAAGCCUUACUUUGCACGGAGAGGACUCUGCGCCUCUUGCUCUGCGCUUGCGUGUCUCACCCUCCACGCCUCCUUUCCAUGCA